AUGGAGAGCGACCGACUACUUGCCGCUAUCUGCCUCUCUAUCCUCCUCUCCCUGGUUAGCGGCACCGAGAACUCGGACCUGGAGACCAGAGCUCUGAGAGAUUUCUAUCCAAAAGACGUAUAUCCUUCCAGCGAAAAGGAACUGCUCGGAGCGCUGCAAGAAGUUCUGGAGAAACUGCAGAGUAAGCGGCUUCCCGCCUGGGAGAAGAAGUUUGGACAGGUCCCACUGUGUGAUGUUGGGGAACAAUGUGCUGUGAGAAAAGGAGCCAGGAUUGGGAAACUCUGUGACUGCCCCAGGAGUUCUGGCUGUAACUUCUUCCUGCUUAAAUGCUUGUAG